AUGGGUAAAAAUGCCAAUAAUGUUAUUCCAGACCAUGUGAAGAAUGGAAUUAGAGAACAUAUUAACUCUAUUCCCCGUUUAGAAUCUCAUUAUUGCAGAGCUUCCACUAACAAAGAAUACUUGCCUAAUGGGUUAUCUAUUGCGCUUUUAUAUGACAAAUAUGCUCAAAGAUGUCGAGAGAUUUCUCGAGAACCAGCAAAACUGCACAUGUACCGCCAUAUUUUUAACAACGAAUUCAAUAUAGGAUUUCAUAUGCCAAAAAAAGAUCGAUGUGAUGCCUGUGAAUCUAUGAAAAUGAAUGAAAAUCCAACAGAACUGGAAAGGAUCACCCAUUUGUCACACAUACAAGGCAAAGAAUCAACUAAGUCUGAACGUGAAAAAGAUCGAAAUAAUUCCGAAACCUUUACUAUAUGUUUUGAUUUACAAAAUGUAUUUGCACUACCAACUGCUGAUGUUUCUAAUUUCUUCUAUAGGCGAAAACUAAACGUCUACCACAUGACUGCACAUUGCUCAGCAGACAAGAGAGGUUAUGGUGCUGUGUGGCAUGAGGGUCAAAGUGGUCGUUCAGGAAAUGAUAUUGCCAGUUCUGUGGUGCGUAUCUUAGACUCUAUAUAUGAGUUUAAUUCUUCAGAUCCAAGAAUCCAGAAUAUCACUCUCUGGAGUGAUUCAUGCGUUCCUCAAAAUAAAAACAGGGUUAUGUCUACAGCUAUUAAAUUAUUCUUAAAGAAUCAUCCAGAUAUAAAAACCAUUAUUCACAAAUAUAGUCAGCCUGGACACUCAUCUAUACAGGAAGUUGACAAUCUGCACAGUCAAAUAGAACGUGUAUGUAGGAACAUUGAGAUUUACAGUCCAGUUGGGCUUCUACGUUUGUUGAAGAAAGUUAAAGUGAGUAAACCUUUGAACAUCAUCCAGAUGAAACCAGAAUACUUUAAAGAUUAUCUAACGAUAGCAAACACCGGUCAAUUUCAAAAUAUCCCUUUUACAAAAGUGAAAUGCCUACUGUACGAACAGUAUGAACCCAAAAUUUUAAGGUAUAAAAAGGGGUUUGACGAAGAGUGGAUUACUGAGAACGUUUUUGAGCGACAAUGGUCUCGUAGUGGGAUAACUUCCAUACACCUUGGUGAACCAAAAUCUGCAAAAUCCAAGCCCCUCACACAAGUCAAAAUUCAAGACAUUAAAGCGAUGUUAAAAUUCAUGCCCCCCUCUGAUAGAGCCUACAUGUAUUUACAAUGUUAG